AAUAUAUACAUAUAAUCUUUCUCUCCCUCUAAUAUAUACAUAUAAUCUUUCUCUCCCUCUGCUAUAUACAUAUAAUCUUUCUCUCCCUCUCUCUCACUGGCUUUUGGUUCGUCUGUCCAUCUGUGUUUGAUUUACCAAAUAAAACAUUUUCAAAUAUAAAAUAUUUCUCUUCAUUCCCUUCAUUCCUUUGUCGGCUCUGCAUUCAGAAUGCCAACCCUGCCAUCUAGUGUCACUUUGUUGCAACUACAUCAAUAACACAUCAGCUCCACCCAAAUGUACUGUAACCUGACCCACUUGAACUACUAAGGCAUGCUGUUAAGUGGCUUAGUAGCUCUUUUUUCAGUUGAUGGGUUCAGUACUUUCUGACACCAUCUCAUUAAAUGCCUGGAAACAAAUGUCAAAAGGGUGUGUGAUGUGAUGGCCUGUGGUUUGUAGGGAAGGAUUGUGCCAAAGAAGAGCAGUGAACUCGGACUGAACUGUGUUGAAUUGAAGAGUGUACCACCAUGGAGGCCCAGUCAGCAGAAACUACCGAGCUUCUUAUCUUGUCCUCAGAGAAGAACAUAGCCGCCACGCCUGGUGCUCAGUCCUAUUCAUGACCUUUGUAUGUGUAUUCAUGUGGUUGUGCAUGCAAACCCAUGCAUGUGUACCUGUGUGUGAGAGACAGAGAGAGAGAGAGAGAGAGAUCGACCUUUGAUUAUGUGUGUCUGAUGACUCAACAAUUGGACUCAACAUCAGACUUAGCACAGACAGUGAUAUAUAGAGGUCAGUGUUUGCAAGUGUAUGUACUGAGGAGUAGCAGUUUAUAGUUUUUUUUCAUUGUGUGAUGAAUUGUAAUUCUCUGAUGUGUUGAGGAAUGCCAUUCCAGACUCUGGUAGCAGUGUGUAUGAAGGACCUCUGGCCAAAGCCAUUGUUGUAUGAGGGCACUGGGUGGAGGACCGUGGAAGCUGACCUAGUAGUGACACACACUUGAGGCAUGUUAUGUGUUGCAAAGCUGUGGGGAGCACAUUCUAUCAGCCUGUCAGCAAAGAUGAGGUCAUUAGUCCGCUCGCCAAAGAGAUCUACCGAAGGGCAAAAGUUUUAGAUUCUCAGGAGAUCUGGAACAUCCUGAGGGCUGAGUCUGAAUCAAAGCUUGCUCAGCUGCCAAUGUCUUCACUUCUCAAGUUGCUGGAUGAGCAGCAGAAGUGUAAGCUCAUGGCGGAGGAGAAGGACCGCACCGUGCUGCAGAGGUGUCGGGUCAUGCUCAUGUACAAAGCAUCUCAGUUCCACCACGACCGCACCACUUUGCUGAUCACCAACAACCCACUGCAGACCGCUGAUGACCCUACUGGACCCAGCAGCCCCGCUAGAUACCUACACCCCGACACUGACCAUCCCACUAGAUACCUACACCCCGACACCAUCCCCAUAGCCCAGAGGGAGGCUACAGAUGGGACCAGUUCUUGCAAACAGCCUCCUCUGAAACGUACAGCAACAUCUCAUUCUACAAGACAGGAAAAAGCUAAGACGGGCGGUAUGUCAAGAGGUACUGUCAGUGCCUCCACACACAAGUCUGACGCUGGGACAAACAUGUGUGACCCCCAUUUGGGACAUUUAGAUUUUGGCACAGACCGUAGCAGUGUCAAAAGUAGGACCAGUCUUUCAAAGGAGCCAUUGACUAUCUCAUCUCUAAUGGAAAACACCACAAUAGUGACAGCGCCUGGUCAAGGAGCUUUCCGACAUGGCCAGACCACAUUCUGGAAUGUGGAGAGUAGCUGAGUCUCCACAAUGAGAGAUUGCAACCCUGACCUUUUGUCUGUCAAAAUGUGUUACUAACAUCAAUAAAUAUUUUAUCCUGAUUUA